AUGAUCCGUCUGUGGCGGUUAAAUCCGAAGUUCCUAAAUAACACCAAGUUUCACUUUCGCGAUAUUAUCUUCUACAAUCGAGUUCCCAAGACGGGCAGUGAAACGCUAACCGAGUUGAUGGUUCGACUGGGAAAAAAGAACGACUUUCAGAACGAACGGUCUCCGUUUUCGAAACCCACUGGCAUAUACUGGAAUGUGGAGCGACAAAAGGAGGAAGCCAGGCACAUCCUGGAUUUACAGGAGCAACCAGCCUUCGUCUAUGUAGAGCACAUGAUGUACAUGAAUAUCCGCCCGUUUCACUUACCCCAACCAAUCUACAUUAACAUGAUUCGAGACCCCGUAGAACGAGUGAUCAGCUGGUUCUACUAUAGACGCACUCCCUGGAACUCCGUUAAAAUGUACGAGGUGACGAAACAGUUUCAGAAUCGCACCUUCUACACCAAGAACUUUGAGGAGUGCGUCCUAACUCACGAUCUGGAAUGUCGGUAUGACUACGGACUUAUGUUCAAGGACGAUUUCUCCGAUCACAAGCGUCAGAGCCUGUUCUUCUGCGGACACUCCCCCAUUUGCGAACCCUUCAAUACCCCGGCGGCCAUUGCGAGGGCCAAACAGAAUGUAGAGCGAGAUUUCUCAGUGGUUGGUUCCUGGGAGGACACGAAUGUCACUUUGACAGUGCUCGAGCACUAUAUACCCCGAUUCUUCAAAGGCAGCAUGGAGCUGUACUAUGAACCCGAAACCGGCCUGGCCUUCCAGAGGGAGAAUAUCAACCACUGGAAGCCGAAAGUAAGCGAGCGCAUCAAGCAAAUAAUGCGGGCUAACUUCACUCAAGAAUAUGAAUUUUACUAUUUUUGCAAGCAGCGCUUGUAUCGGCAAUACUUUGCAAUAAAUAAGCACUUGCAUUUCUGA